AUGGCUCAGAACGGGGGACAGUUAGUGCGGGCAGGCACCGGGAAAAGAGUUUUGCCAGAUCCAGCAGGGGUCACCUUGCCCCACCCUCAUUCUGCUCUCAAUCUGCUCGAUGCCUCUGCACUGUCACAGCUGGGAGAUGACGUUCUUACAGAAGAGAUUAAGAGGCGGCAGUUAGCUAAAGAGGCUGCCUUAAAAACAGCUGCAGUCAACACUCUCCACGGCGCUCCCACGGUUGGUAAGACGGCAGCUGCAGGCCGUCGGGGCGGGUCUAAGAGGAAACGUGCUGCCGCCGGCUCUGGUGCGCGUGGUCGAUCCUCUGGUGCGAAUGGCAACAUUCCUGCAGGCUCGCCAUCCGCUGACAACCCUACCGCCGGCACUUCGUCAGAAGCAGAAGGCGCGAACCCUGCACCGGUGGCAGAAGCAAUGGACACCACGCAAAACGGCGCACCAACCACAGGCGGCAUAGUCUGCGGUAUCGCGUCAGACGCAGAUACUAGAGCUCUCCCUGCACCCCCCGUGCCUGCCGCCGGAGCCCCGGGCCCGAUGAUGGCAGCAGCGAUUGAGGCCGCAGAGGAGGGCGGCGUGGAUCCCUUCAUCGCAUACGGCAUCGAAGCUGGUAGCGACGACGAAGACGGGAACGACGACGAUGCAGAUGAUGCUGACGGCGUCCAAGCGGGAAACGACGAUGAGUUGCGCGCAGCGGAGGUUCGCGCUGCGGAAGUGUGCGCGGCGGAGGUUCGGGCGGCGGAGGUUCGGGCGGCGGAGGUUCGGGCGGCGGAGCUUCGGGCGGCGGAGCUUCGGGCGGCGGAGAUUCGGGCGGCGGAGAUUCGAGCGGCGGAGAUUCGGGCUGCGGAGGUUCGCGCGGCGGAGGACCGCGCUGCGGGGGUUCGCGCGGCAGAUGUGCGCUCUGCGGAGGCUCGCCAGACGGAGCUGGCGCCGCACACCUCGCAGCCUAAUAACCCGGCAGCACCCGCUAGGCGUGAACGGUCGCAAGUUGCUGGUGCGCACCAUUUCAGGGAAGCACGACAGCUGGAGGCGCAAUUGCGUGACCUGCAGAACACGGUCUCCACUUUGAACGCGCAGCUGCAGGAGGCAAGGGCCAGGAUCAAGGCGGUGGAGGCUGAACGCGAUAGUCUGAAAACGCAGUUGGAGUCGAUGCAGCGACAGCUUUCAGCGGAAUUCGCUGGAACGAGCUCGGACGUGGGCGCCCUUCGGGACCCUUCUGACCCCCUGGUCCGAAUGGAGAACGUCCGUAAGGACGUUGCGGGCAACCCGACCAUUCCGUCAUCAGUCAGCAGCGACGAUGCAUUUGAUGAAAUGGUGGGUAAGACCUUCGCCUGGCUCAUCACCCUUGCCCCUGCAGGAGAGAUCGAGUUCUAUCCUCUGUGGGAAGAAUUCCAGCCGCAUUUGGUGCGCAAGUACAUAGCUGAGGGGACCACGCAAGAUGAGUACUACCUCUUGUGA